UCCUCUCCAUCCAUCGACUAGGUCGGAACUUCGGUGACUUCGGGCUCUUCGCUCUUUUCUCAGCUCGAGUAGAAAAGUGGAGUUUUUACACGUGGAUUAGUGAUUUGUUGUUCGUCGUCCGGAGAAACCGUGACUAUGCCGGCCAGGGACGUUGUGUCUUAGCCGCACGGCAUAUGUGCCCCAAGACCGUAGUGCCGCGAGCAGUGAGCGUUGCAUCAUGGCUUUACAAAUGCUCGUCCAAGAGUACUUGCAAAUUCCCGUCGUCACCCGGACAUACACCGCCGCUUGUGUGCUUACGACGGUCGCUGUCCAACUGGACAUCAUAUCCCCAUUCCAGCUUUACUUCAACCCUACAUUGAUAUUGAAUCAUUAUCAAGUAUGGCGACUCAUCACCACUUUCCUGUUCUUUGGCACGUUUGGCUUUGCCUUCCUCUUCAACAUGCUCUUCACCGUCCGGUAUUGUCGGAUGCUCGAGGAAGGCUCCUUCCGUGGACGGACGGCCGACUUCUUCUACAUGUUCCUGUUGGGUGGAACGCUCAUGAUUGUGAUAGCAAUGUUUGUGAACCAGCUGUUCCUGGGCCACGCCUUCACCACCAUGCUGGUGUACGUGUGGAGCCGGCGUAACCCAUACUUCCGGCUCAACUUCUUCGGGCUGAUCAAUUUCCAGGCACCCUAUCUUCCUUGGGUGCUGCUGAGCUUCUCCCUGCUCCUGGGCAACUCUGUGAUAGUGGACCUCAUAGGUGUUAUUGCAGGUCAUAUUUAUUACUUCCUGGAGGACAUCUUUCCAAACCAAAGAGGUGGAUUCCGUGUGCUGGCUACACCAAAAAUUAUAAAGUACCUGUUUGAAGGAGCACCGGCAGACCCAGACUACCAGCCGCUCCCAGAAGACAGGCCUGGAGGAUUCAACUGGAGGGACAACGAAAACAGGGGAGCCUAGUAGUGCACCAUGAAGCAUCCAGGCCAAGGAAUAAACCAAAGCAUGGUUGCUUCCUUUUAUUACA